GGCGUUUGCACCCCAAGCGAGUUUUUGUUUAGGUUGCCCGCUUAUGAGGUUGGCUCGGUGAAGGCUGAGGCGAUUGUAGUGUAACUUUACCUUCCAAGCUACCCUCAGCACUGCCAAUGCGCCUAGCAGCGAGCAGUGUUUCCACGCUGGGGCAGCUGAAGUCUGAGACUCCACACCAAAGGCGGGAGAGGCUGGGACGGGGGCGGGCCAGGCUGAGUUAUGGGCGGGGUCUGACGGUGGGGGCGGUGCCUCCGGGCUCCCAGGCGGGGCCUCAGUUAACUGCGUUGAGCACAGGGCGCCGAGAGCGCGGAGUAGAGCGGCACCCACUCCGGAGAAGUGGAGCUGAGAUCGCGCCGUCCCAACCCGCUCACCAGAGUCCACGCGGUUCCCGCACCCUUACCCCUGCUGAUCCUUGCAAGGCGCGACUGGCGGCCAUGCAGCCCCGGCGUUGAGGCGGCCCCAUGGCAAAGCCGGCGGUCCCGGCUACGACGGCGCAUGGAGAACUUCCGUAAGGUGCGCUCCGAGGAGGCGCCGGCGGGAGGCGGGGCCGAGGGGGGCGGCCCGGGCUCCGGUCCCUUUGCAGACCUGGCGCCGGGCGCCGUGCAUAUGCGGGUCAAGGAGGGCAGCAAGAUCCGGAACCUGAUGGCCUUCGCCACAGCCAGCAUGGCGCAGCCAUCCACGCGCGCCAUCGUCUUCAGCGGCUGUGGCCGGGCCACCACCAAAACCGUCACGUGCGCGGAGAUCCUCAAGCGCCGCCUGGCGGGCCUGCACCAGGUCACGCGGCUGCGCUACCGGAGCGUGCGCGAGGUGUGGCAGAGCCUCCCGCCUGGGUCCACGCCGGGUCAGACUACUAGCGAGCCGGCCGCCAGUCUCAGUGUACUUAAGAAUGUUCCCGGGCUUGCCAUACUACUUUCCAAGGACGCACUGGAUCCACGACAACCUGGCUACCAGCCUCCAAAUCUCCAUCCCAGUCCCUCUUCCCCGUCAACCGCGCCAACGUCCAAGAGGAGCCUAGGGGAGCCUGGAGCUGGAGAAGGCUCUGCGAAGCGGUCGCAGCCUGAGCCAGGAGCUGCAGACGAGGACGAGAAGGCCUGACUGAGAACCCUAGACUCCAGUCUUGGGGUCACCUAGACAGACAGUAUCGUACUCCUGGUACCUCCACCUUCAGAUGCACCUCCAGCCUUUCAUGAGUCGGUCCUCUGGAGCCCACAGUCUGGACACAGCUCCUCAGACAGGUAGCAUGAACCCCCAAGGUGACAAGAGAAGGCCCCAGGGUACCGUACUACAUGAGGAAGCUUAGUGGGAUGGGGCCCUCCUACAGCUGUGUUGCCUGAAGAUGUGGAACUCCACCUUCACUUGUUCUGGGCUAUCCUGGGAACUUCUUCAGGAAGGGGAGGGUGGGCAACCUGGACUCUUUGAACCUUAUUUGGAACCUUCAAGGGUUAAAGACACUCACUCUCCCCUAAUUUGGCCUGGAUCAUGAAGGGGACCUGGAUCCAGGAAGUCUGGGAGAGCCCUCGAAUCACUCCCACCACAGAGAGAAGGGGGAAGAGGGUAAGAAACUGACUGCCUGAGGGCGGGGGAGUCUGAGAUGUGGGGGUCCUAUUCUGCCCCCAACCCUGAGACAGUGUCCUUUCUAGUUUUCCUUCCCCUGCCUCUGAGGGGCAUCCUGAGAUUUCAGUGGCAGAGGCAUCUCUGGGGGCUCCACCCCUUUUCACAUCUCCCUUCCCUAUGCUGGCUGAGAGGGAGAAACCCAGUACAGAACUCUCCAUGCCUCCUUCCCUGAGCCCCGCAGCUGGAAUCUUGCUUCCAA